GGCAUCUUCCGGAUGAGAGACGGCAGGAAUGACUUCCCUCACUUUCACCGUCUCCGUGCUGUGCCUGCUGCCCCAGUCGGCGUUGGCGCGGUGGGCGUGCGUCCGGGCCUGCCCGCCGUCCUGCUCCUGCACGCAGGAGAAGAGUUGCAGCGUGCUGUGUGACCGCGCCGGCCUGGCCGAGCUGCCCAGAGAGUUCCCCUGUGAGGCGUCCGCCAUCAACCUGGAGAAGAACCGGCUCAAGUUCCUGUCGGAGCGGGCCUUCGGGACCCUGCCCUCGCUCAAGUCUCUGUCUCUGGACCACAACAACAUCUCCUUCAUCACCCCGGGAGCUUUCAAGGGCCUCUCGAACCUGCUGGAGCUGAAAAUGGCCCACAACGAGUACAUCAGCUACCUUCACACCCGGACGUUCACAGGGCUGAAGAAGCUGCAGCGGCUGGACCUGUCCGACUGCAACCUCUUCAGCAUCCCUGACCGCGUCUUCAUCGAGCAGACCGCCAUGACGGAGCUGCUGUGCUUCCAGAACAACUUCCGCAGGAUCCCAGGGGCCAUCCGGGGCAUGGAGAACCUGACGCACAUCUACCUGGAGAGGAACAAGAUCGAGGCGGUGGCCUACAACUCGCUGCUGGGCCUGGGGAGCCUCAGGUACCUGAACCUCCAGGAGAACCGCAUCAAUGUGAUCCAUGACAACGCCUUCCAGGACCUGGUGCGGCUGGAGAACUUCUACCUCAACGACAACCUGCUGUCAGACCUGCCCCGGUUCGCCUUCAAGGGGCUCAGCCGCCUCAAGAUGCUCAACCUCGGGGGCAACCAGCUGAUCAACGUGUCCAAGACGUGGUUCGGUGACUUGGCGGAGCUGGAGGUCCUGUACCUGGACCGGAACCAGCUGCUGAGCUUCGAGGAGGGCGCCUUCGAGAACCUGACCAGCCUGAUCACACUCCACCUGAACAGCAACAACCUGACCACGCUGCCCCUCAGCGUUUUCCAGCCCAUCUACUUCCUGGGCCACCUGUACCUCUUCAAGAACCCCUGGGAGUGCGACUGCGCCCUGGACUGGCUCAAGCAGUGGAUGGAGAGCUACAAGCUGGUGCGGGACAUCCCGUGCGCCUCGCCGUCCUCCGUGGCGGGCCUGGACCUCAGCCAGGUGGUGUUCCCCAAGGCGAACGGCACGUGCGUCGACCCCGCCGAGCUCAACCUGACCACGGCGUCCUCGGAGGUGCAGCCCACCACGGAGAACCGCUUCAACAGCCUCAUCUCCAAGCUGCUGCAGCAGGAGCUCAGGGAGGAGAUGGGGAACGGGACCGAGGUUGCGCGCAACGCGACGCUGCCGGAGCCGGAGGAGGGCCAGCUGUCAGCGGGCGUAGGAGGCCGAGGGACGCAGGCGGUUCAAUCGCUGCUCUGCUUCAUGGUGACGUGGCUCUUCUGUGGUUUAUUCCACCUGCCACAUGCUAGUCUCUGUCUUCGCUGUACAUGAAGAAGAGGACGCUAGCAUCAAGAGUUUUAAAAUCGCUUCUGAGCUAAAAUGUGCUUUUAUUUCUCCCAGGAGGUCUGAAGGCUUGUUGCCCGUUGUAGGAGCCUCUGAGUCGGCUUUUGGAUGUUCCUCUAACCCAGGAACAUGUAGCACAUGGAAUACGACAUGGCAAGCACCGUUUCUAUUGGAGCUAAAAUCCUUGUGCUCAAUAUAUCCUGGACUUCAUGUUUUAUGGGGUAGUUUCAAAAAGUAUUCACCCCUGAUAGAGUUUUUCUCUUAUUGUAUACCUGUCACAUGUAGCCCUCCCUGAUGCCCUACGCGCAGGAAAAGCCAGGCAGUUGUCACGGUAGCGAUUAUGGUGUUCCGUCAGACCGUCAGUUCCAGAAAUCACAAAAUAAGGCUAUUGUGAAAACGGACACAAAGACACUACCACCUCUUUUAGGACGGCAGGAGGAUUAAAUGUUGGAGAUAAAAGUUCAACUGAGUAAAAACAAAAUGUUUUAAUGAAAGAGAAAAAAUAUCUUCAGGCUUCAUGUGAAUAAGUAAUUGCCUCAUAAGCAAUAAGGAGGCAUUUAGUGUUGAUGGCAAUGUCACCAAGUGUUUGCAACACCUGGCAAAAUUGGUGUAAUUCAGCCAAAUUCUAGAGUUUUUGACCAAUAACAGCUUAUUUAAGGGGGCAGUACUAUGUGAUUUCCAGGCAUAUUGUGCUAUUUUAUAGAACUAUCAAGUAACUAUGUUACCUUCAGUCAUUAUUUUAUCACAUAUAACUUAAAAGAAAUCUUUCCUCCUAAUUUAGAGACUUGAAAUUGGGUCUGUCGCUUGAAAAACUCCUCCUCUCCCUGAAACUCUACCGCUAAUCAGCACAACAUGGCUCCUCUAUUAACCCUUUAUUAUUAUUUAUUAACAUUUUUACCAGUGAUACACUGAGUUGUAGCUCCUGUAAUGAGUUGAGCAGAUAUGCAGUUCCAC